AUGGGCCCCGGGAGAGUUUUAGCAAUUGCUGGUUCUGAUAGUUCUGGCGGAGCCGGCCUCGAAGCAGACCAAAAGGUCAUCGCCGCCCAUGGUUGCUACGCCAUGACGGCCACGACGGCCCUCACGGCACAAAACACAAAGGGAGUCUAUGCCAUCCACCACAUCCCGUCCGAGUUUCUCAGGAAACAGAUCGACGCCGUCAUUGAGGAUGUCGGGGUUGAUGUUGUCAAAACGGGCAUGCUCGGAUCAACAGAAACAAUCGAAACCAUCGCCGACGCGCUCACUUUCCAUGGCGUCUCAACCGUUGUCCUUGAUCCGGUAAUGAUCGCAACAACAGGCGCCGAACUCCUACCCCAGCAAGCUCUGAACGCCCUACACACCCACCUGCUGCCCCUCGCCACCAUCAUCACGCCCAACGUGCCCGAGGCGCUCCUCCUGCUCCGCGACACCCGCCCCGAGAUGGACAAGGUCAGCACGGUCGACGACCUCGAGACCAUCGGGCGGGCGAUACGCCAGCUGGGGCCGAAGUGGGUGCUCGUCAAGGGCGGGCAUUGCCCUUUCAAGAAGGACGGGACAGUGGCAGAGGCGCAGGCGGAGAGGGAGCUGGUCGUGGAUGUGCUUGUGGGAGAGGAUGCGGCCACGGGCGCGGAGGUGGUGCUGCGGCUGGAGACGGCGUAUUGCGAAUCGCAGCAUACGCAUGGGACCGGGUGUUCUUUGGCUUCGGCGAUCGCGUCAAACUUGGCCAAGGGAAUGGCUAUGCCGGCUGCGGUGAGGGCCGGCUGCAGAUACGUCCAGGCCGGUAUUAGGAGUGCGCCAGGACUGGGUGGGGGGAAUGGGCCGUUGAAUCACUUCCACUCGGUCUAUACCCUGCCGUUCUCACCGGGUCACUUCAUCGACUAUUUACUGGAACGACCUGACGUUGCCCCGAUAUGGGACAAGUUUGUUAACCACCCGUUUGUACUGGCCAUGGGAGACGGAACACUGCCUCUCGAGUCAUUCAAGGGCUAUUUGAUGCAGGAUUACCUUUACCUAGUACACUUUGCCCGAGCGAAUGCAUUGGGAUCAUACAAGGCCAGCAACAUGAAGGAUAUCGCCGCGUCCGCCGCCAUCGUUACCCAUAUCUUCAAAGAGAUGGAGCUCCAUGUUGGGUACUGCCAGGGUUUCGGUAUUUCUAGGGAGGAGAUGGAGAAGACGGAAGAGAAAGCGGCUUGCACGGCGUACACAAGGUACGUCCUUGACAUCGGCCAGUCCCAAGAUUGGCUGGGCCUCCAAGUCGCCAUUGCACCCUGUCUACUCGGGUACGGCGUGGUCGCCAAACAACUGCACGCCAACAAGCGGUCCAAAAGAGAGGGCAAUUUGUACUGGACCUGGAUUCAAAAUUACGUGGCCAACGAUUAUGUCACGGCUGUAAAGACUGGCUCCGAACUGCUGGAACGCCACGCGGUGCUUCAAAGCCCAUCGCGCAUUGAGGAGCUGGUGAAGAUCUUUAUCCACGCUACAAAGAUGGAGAUUGCAUUUUGGGAAAUGUAUAGCUCAAGUUGA